GUUAUUUGAAAAAGAUAUCCCUUAUCUUAGGAGAGCCAAUAUUUACCCUAAAUAUGAACUUUAACUUAAACUGCAAGGUUUAAAAUUCUAGAUAGACGUCUGAGUUGGGGAUGCAGUUAUCCGUUGAGCAUACACACUUUUGAUUACCCUUCGAUAAUAAACUCAUUACGCAUCUAAUCUAAAUGCUAUUGCGUACAUUUUUCGACAAUAUGAGGCGCCGCGGAUCCAUGUAACGAUAGCUCAGUGUUCCACUAAACAUACAAGAAUGAUAACCUCGAUAAUUUUGGUAAUACUAUCUACCCUGGUCUACAUUUUCGUAUAUCGGUUAUCAAAGCCAAAGCUGGAGAACUUCCCUCCUGGCCCUCCAAGUUUACCGAUAUGGGGCGGCUACUGGUUUCUGCUGCUGGCGAACUACAAUUUCACCCACAAGGCGGUGGAGGUGCUCAGCAGACGUUACAAAUCCGAUCUCGUUGGUAUUAUGUUGGGGAGGACUCCGACGGUGCUGGUCACCGGCCAUGAUUUGGUCAAGGAGACGUUGACUCGCCAGGAGUUUAUUGGGCGAAUUGACUGUUACCCGAACCGGUUCAGGUCCAUGGGUGAUCUUUUGGGCGUUAUUUUUACCAGUGGAGACUACUGGAGGCAGCAGAGGAGGUUUGCGCUACGCCAGCUCCGCGAUUUUGGUUUUGGAAGAAGAUUCCCCACGACCGAGCAGAUGCUCGAGAGCGAAGUGAGGAACCUAAUCGGGCAGAUCAGCUCCAACCCUCAUCCGGACAAUCACGACGUCCAGCAAAAGCCAGGUCGUAUACUGCUCCCGGAUCUAUUCUACGGUAUGCUAUCGAACUCAAUGCUUCAGAUGCUCGUUGGUAAACGGUUCGAAGACAAGCAGUUGCGAACUAUCGCCCGGUCCACCUUGCGAUUUUUUCGAAACAUGGAUACGACGGGACGGGCCUUGAGUAUCACGCCAUGGAUUCGCCAUGUCGCUCCAGAGUACUUUGGCGCCACACCAACGCUAGAGGAAAACAAAAAAAUCCAGGACUUCUUCAUGACCUUGGUAGAGGAACGCACGAAGACUUUCUCAGAUGACCACCACGGAGAUUUUUUGGACACCUACAUCAGCAACAUGCAAAGGUUGGGAAAAGGGGGCGGUCCUUCCGGUAGUUUUAACGAGAUGCAGAUGAUCUGGACGGCUAUCGACUUCUUCUUUCCAUCACCUAACGUCAUCGGACCCUCGCUCAACAUGCUCUGGGCCCGACUAUGCAACCAUCCCGAGGUCCAAGCGAAAAUACAAACCGAAAUUGAGCAGGUCGUCGGGAGAGCCCGCCUCCCCAAUCUGGAUGACAGGAAAAACAUGCCGUACACCGAGGCCGUGAUUCGCGAGUCGUUACGAAUUGACCCAGUUCUUCCGAUAAACACCGCAAGACGCGUCCUCGAAGAUACCACCCUGGGGGGAUAUUCACUUCCAAAGGGCACCUGCUUACUCAUAUCGCUGUCCAGUGCGAAUCGCGACCGGCGCGUUUGGACCGACCCCGACGUCUUCAAACCGGAGAGAUUUCUGGACGCCGACGGAAAUCUGCUCAAGAAGGACAUCGGGUUGUCAUUUGGAGGAGGUAAACGCCUGUGCCCCGGAGAAACCUUCUCAAGACACGCGAUGUUUUUGGUCUUGUCUGGGCUAUUGCAAAAUUUCACGUUUGUACCGGUAGAUGGGGCACCUGACCCAAAUGGAACGAUGUACGGUUUUAUUUGCGAUAUUCCGCCGUUUUGGGUAGACGCCGUUAGCCGCUAGAAGGUGACCGAAUUUUUAGUAUUAGUUUUGUUUCAUUUUUAAUUUAUGCGUAGUAUUUAUAUCUUACCUGUUAAGGUUCUUUUAGGAUAAGGCUUAAUGACGACUGAGAUCUAAACCAAAAAGUGGUUUCUAAUAGUUUAUAAUUUGU